CCUUGUCAGAAGAGUUCGGCAGUUUAGAUGUUCUGUGUGAGAUGGAGGUAAGAACUCACCCAGCAUGUAGAUACAUUUUAUGCUUAACGUUUUUACCCCUGAACAAAGAUAUGACUCCAUGCUGCUUUUGAUAUUUCCACUUUGAGUUCAAAGAGGAUUUUGUGAAGCUGUUCAAGGAAUCGCUGCUCACGCUCCCCUCCGUUGGCCUGCCCACCCUUCUGGCCUACAGACCCGAGUCGUUACGAGAAAACACACGGAUUGAGAAAUUCUGCUGCGAGCGCAAUCGAGAGCUCUACGAGUUCAUCGUAGCUGAGAGGAGGAAGCACGAAGAAGCCCGCAGCGUUCCCCGCGCUGCCGGCCCCCACAGGUCCCACCGCACCGACAGACAGCUGCGGAAGGAGAGAGCGUACCAGAGGCAGCAGGAGCGGCGAAUGGCCAGGCAGUUGGCUUUCCUGGCAGCAGAGCCCACGAGUGUGGCUGAACGUUCAAAUCAAUCCGGCACGAUCUCCUACCUGCUUUCGCGGGAGCCCCCGUCGCCGGAGGGCCCGACGCUGGUGCCUGUGGAGAGAGCAGCAAAGCCCGAGGAGGAGCCCAGCUCCUGCAGCGCCUCCUGCGAUGUCACCUGCUGUGAUUUCACCCUCGUGGGUGGGAAGGUAGUGAAGAAUGAACUGUUGGAAAAAUACUACAAACACGGAGGGAAAUUCCUCACCAUGCUUCCGGAUGGAACGGCGCAGUUAUUCUAUCCCUCUGGAAACCUGGCAAUCAUCGUUGUGCGAGAGGAAAAGCGGCUCGUUUGCAUAGUACAGGAAGACAAGCGGAGUGACGCCGGAAUACGAGCAGUAUUUAAGUCCAACGGCAGAAGCACUUGCUAUUAUCCGAAUGGAGCCGUGUGGAUAAACAUGAGUAUUCAGGGAGGGCAGUAUUUGGACCAAGCAGGCAGCCGGGUGAGAAGGUGGACGUGGCCAAACAGCACCACGUCAUCGGGACCCCACGUCCCGCUGAGCCCCAUCUUCAUCUCGCUGAACCAGCACGUGGGGGUCAGGAUUCUGGGCCAGGACAAGAUCACUGUUUCCUUCCUUGCCAUGGGGCAACAAGCAAAAUUCAGCAUGGGAACCAAAGCACAGGUCUGUGACGGCGGCCGGCUGCCUCCCCCUGCCCGGCUGGGCGAAGACGAGCUCCUGCUGCUUGCCUUCAGGGUGAGGAUCCUGCGGCUCUUCGACAGACUGCGUGCAUACUUACAUUUCCCUUCUAAGGACCAGUGGGACAAAAUCAAGCCUCCAGCAUACCUCAUCACACAGACUUUAAAGAUCUUACAGCUUUGCACAUCUUCUGACGUAAGCGAGGAGCUGCGCAGCUCGGUCAGGGCAAUAGUAAACGCUCAAGUCUGA